GAUCCCUGUUGCAGCAAAUAUAAGGGGAGGAGGAAGAAGAAGAAGGAGAAACCAAUAUGUUGCAUAGAGCAGCAAACAAUGCAUAUUCAUGGUGGUGGGCCAGCCACAUCAGAACAAAGCAAUCAAAAUGGCUGGAGCAAAACCUUCAAGAUAUGGAGGAAAAAGUGCAGAAUGUUCUGAAACUUAUAGAAGAAGAUGGGGAUUCCUUUGCAAGGAGAGCAGAAAUGUAUUACAAAAAGAGGCCAGAACUGAUAUACUUUGUGGAAGAAUCAUAUCGAGCUUACCGAGCUUUAGCUGAACGAUAUGAUCACAUAUCAACUGAGUUGCAAAAUGCAAACACCACCAUUGCUUCUGUCUGCCCAGAUCAAGUCACCUUCAUGGAGGAUGAUGAUGAUGAAGCAUCACCAAUGUCACCAAGGGUCCCCAGAAAACUACCAGAAGGUUUCAAACCACCAAGCAUCCCAAAGCCUCCGGUUAAAGAUUUUAAAAGUGCAAAUGUAGCAGCACCGAAGAAGUUGUAUUCCAAGAAGACAUCCACUGCAGAAGCUAAUGCCAGAGCUCCUAAAUCUGGACUGAGCAAAAAGGAGGCACUUGAAGAGGUUGACAAGCUUCAGAAACAGAUUCUGGGACUGCAAACUGUGAAAGAGUUUGUAAAGAGCUCUUAUGAUAAUGCCAUUGCAACGUACUGGGAAACUGAGGAGCAGAUCAAUGAGUUACAAGAGAGAGUUUUCAGUUUACAAGAUGAGCUUGGUGAAGUUACUGUUAUUGAUGACAAUGAAGCUCGUCGUUUGAUGGCAGAAGCAGCUCUUAAAUCAUGCCAAGAGACAUUGUCACAGCUGCAAGAGAAGCAGGAAAAAGCAAUUAAUGAAACCAGGAUAGAGUCCAAAAAAAUACAGGAAAUCAAGAAGAAGUUCGAGUCACUCAAGGAUGACUUUCAAUAUAGUCCGAUUAAUCAGACAGAGCCAAGGACCAAAAGAGAUGAAAAAGAAGUAGAAGAAACAAAAGGCUUGGAUGACGAAGGGAGAAUGACACAGCAGAGACAGGACCUGCGGAUUUUACAAGGGAAGAUAAAAGAACACUUCGAGGCUGGGUCCCAUUCAUCUCUCAGUGUGACAGAAAUGGCACAGAAGAUCGAUGAGCUUGUGAAUAAAGUAGUAAGCUUAGAAACUGCAGUUUCAUCCCAGACUGCUCUGGUGACGAGAUUAAGAACAGAAGCUGAUGAACUUCAAUCACAGAUUCAAGCUUUGGAAAAUGACAAGGCAAAUUUAAUCGAUGACAAAAAUAACUUGAACAACCAGCUGAGAAAAAUGGAAGAAAAGAUGCAUGGAGUACAUGAUCUAAACCAAAUUGUCGAAAGCCAGCAUAUGAAUCUCCAAACCCAUUUUACUGAAGCACAUUGUAAUCUUGAUCAUCUCUCAGAGAAAGUCCAAAAUUUUCAAUCAAAUGAUGCAGAGGACACAGAUUGUUCUGAGAGAGAAAGGAAAUCAUUAGGUGAUGCCGAACCAACGCAUGAGGUUAAAGGAGAAGAUGCACUGAAUCAAGACAAUGUCUUAUUGCAAGAUGUAAAUUUGGAUAAGAAGCAUGAAGUCACCGAUUUAGAAGAAGAUGAAGUGAAGUCACUCAAUGGUUCUAUAGAGGAUGGUGUGAAGACAGAAAACAGGCUUAUGGCAGCUGGUUCAUUCAAUGGUGAUGUCAAAUCAGAUAAGGAGCUUAAGGUUACAAUUACACAUAUAAUGGACGAGGCACAUCCAGUGGUAAACAAAAUGCCAAGUGAGAUGAAAGAGCAGGAUGGAAAUGUUAAUCUCAACAAUGGUGAAGAAAAAGCUAGAGAUACUCUGAGCGAUGAUACUGAAAAGAUGGCAGAAAGUUCUUCAGACAGCUUUGUAAACCAGCAGGAGAUUGAUGCAAAGUCAGAUCAGGGGCUUAAGGUUACAAUAACAAAUAUAACAGAAGAGGUGCAUCAAGAGGAAAACAGAUUGCCAAGCGAGCUGAAAGAGCAGGAGGGAACUGUUAAUCUUGACAACGGUGAUGAAAAAGCUAGAGAUACUCUGAGCACUAGUGCUGGAACAAUAGCAGAAAGCUCUCCUGACAGCUUAAAAAAACAGCAAGAGAUUGAUGCUAAACCAGAGUCAUUGGAUACACAUAAUUCUCUCAAAUUUGAAGCCCAGGAACAGGCAACAGCACAAGAAGAUGAACCAAACUGGCAGAAACUAUUUAUGGAUGGACUACAGGAUAAAGAGAGAGUUUUACUAGCAGAAUAUACAAAUACUCUUCGGAAUUUCAAAGAUGUGAAAAAGAAGCUCACUGAGCUGGGGAAGAAAAAUCAAGACAGUGACUUUGAUACAUCCUUGCAGUUGCAGGAACUAAAGCGUGCUAUUGCUUCAAAAGAUGAAGAAAUUAGAUAUCUGCGUCAGAAACUGGAUCUCCUGCAGAAAAGCUUGAAAGGAAAUGAGGAAUUGAUGAAGCUAAAUUUACCAAUGCCAGCAGAAAACAUUGAUGAAAUCUUAAAAAUUGAGGCAUCUGACGGUACCUCAGCCAUAGAAGAGAAGUUCCGGAUGAGCAUUGAUAAACUUCUAGAGGAGAACUUAGAAUUCUGGUUAAAAUUUAGCACUAUUUUCACCGAGAUACAGAAAUUCGAUACCACCAUCAAAGAUCUAGCAACCGAAGCAUCAAAACUUGGCGAAAUAUUGAAGGCUUCAGAGGGCAGUACUAACGCAAAAUAUUCUCUAAAAUCAGAUGCACGACCAAUUUACAAACACCUUGAAGAAAUCCGGACGGAACUAACAGUCUGGUUGGGAAAAAGCGCAUUACUGAAGGAGGAACUGAAAUACAGGUUCUCAUCCUUGUGUGACAUCCAAGAAGAGAUAACAGUGGCACUGAAAGCCAGUGCUGAAGAUGACGAAUUCAAGUUUACGAGCUUUCAAGCGGCCAAGUUCCAAGGUGAGAUUUUGAACAUGAAACAAGAAAACAACAGGGUUGCAGAUGAGCUUCAAGCAGGUCGAGACCAUGUAACGACUCUCCAACUUGAAGUUGAGAAGGUGCUUGCGAAAUUGAAUGAACAGUUUGGGCUCUCGACCACAAAUGGACCCCAAGCUUCCCAUUUGAGAAGUCUGAAUUCUCGGACCCGGGUUCCUCUAAGGUCAUUCAUCUUUGGUGAUAAUCCGAAGAAACAAAAACCAUCAAUCUUUUCCUUCAUGGCCCUUGGAAUGCAUAGGAAGUAUCGUUCAAGACCAAAGACCCCCAUGUAAACUAGCCCUGAUUGUUUCUUUUUCUCUUUUCGUUGUCUUUUCCUCGCUCGUAAUUUUUUUUAAAUGUUUCGUUAGGCAGCGAAUGUGAGUUAGAGUGCCCCGCUAAACCUUACUUGCCAGCUAUACAUUGGUUUGAGCUUGCAGUUACACGCACUAAAAUAUGGGUGUCGGGAUUUUACUUUGUAUUUUGAUCAUUUUAUUUUCACAUGUAUCGAUGAUUCAUUGUUUUCAAA